AUGGCAGUGCGUGAGGAUGAAGAAGCUAUUUUGCUAUCACCAGGGAGACGAGUGAAGUUCUUGUGCAGUUAUGGUGGGAAGAUAUUGCCAAGACCAAUAGAUGGUCAGCUCAAGUAUGUAGGUGGUGAAACCCGAGUUAUAGUAGUCCCUCGUGAUAUUACUUUCUCAGAGUUGAUGAAGAAACUGACUAGACUAUUCGAAGGCGAUGUAAUCCUCAAAUAUCAGUUGAUACCUGAGGACUUGGAUGCCUUGGUCUCUGUAACAUGUGAUGAGGACGUCCAACACAUGCUGGAUGAAUACGACAGUUACAAUGUGACGACGUACAAUGAAGGGGGAACGCCGAGAACACCGAGACUACGAGCCUUCUUGUUUCCAUCCAACCCAGUUGUAAUCGAGGACCAAGUGAUGACUACUGCUACCGACACCCAAGCACUUGAGCAGCACUACGUUGAUGCCAUCAAUGGAGUUGUACGAGCACCCAUCAAAAUAAAACGUUCCUUUAGCAGCAUAUGCCAUCAGAGCUUCAGCUUUUCAUCACCUAGGGCCUCAUCCCCUAAGUCAUCAAUUCCUCAGUUCGAUCCAGCUGCUGCAUCAAAUAAUGGCUACUCAACAACAACAACUAGUCGUGCCCGCCAGAUGCUGCAAAGAGUUCAGAGCUCUCCUGACCUAUUCAGUCAACUUGGUCAUCACCGGCUUCAGCCACAAUUACGCACCUUCUGCCAGCAGCCCUCGAGACUUCAGGGUGCAUAUAAGGGUGGUGGAAAUCGAAGGCUGCAGCCGACCUUGUCGUUUGGCCGACAUGAACUCGAAAGGAGAAUGCUGGCUCGUUCCUACAGUGGCUGCUACUCACCGACAAGGCAGCGCAGAGGAAAUGGAGGACGGGGACGCAUGAACUCUGAACAUAAUAAUGAUGGACGUGGUGUUAACCAGAAUGGAGAGCUUGAAAUGGUGGACAGAUUUCCUCAGCAAACGUUAGAGUAG